AUAACCAAAAGCAACGCGAGCGGGGGCAGGGAGGAGAGCGAUCGCCGUCCUUAGCCAACUGAGGAUUCGAUUCAGCCAGAAACAAGCGAAACCAGAAACAAGACAACGAGCGGUGCAAAACAAACAAUUGGCAGUGCGGUUAGUGGCCAGGAGUAUCCUCGAGGCCCUGUGAAAAACGCAGCCCACACCUGGGCAGUGAAAUGUUUAAGAGCCACUUCCAGGAACGCAGCGUAUAAACGGUUUCCGAGAACUGUCCACCAAUACAGAGCCAACAAGUGCCACGGCCAGCAAGGUGAUUUUGUGUGUGUGCGAGAGAGCGGCUCGUCGGUGUGCGCGUGUGCCUGCGUGUGUGGGUGAGCGAGGAGAGCAAGAGCGAGAGAGGUGAAUAGAGUGGACCUUAACAACAGCAGCAGCGGCAGCUGGAGAGGAUUGGGAUUAGGAUUGUGGACAGAAAGAUGGUGCUCCAGGCGCAGCUCGUCCUGCUCCUGGUGCUCCUCACCGGCUGGUGCGGCCGGUGUGGCGCCAAGAACGUUAUCACUGAGCCCGGCUGGAUGGAGCCCAGCAAGGUGGAGCAGCACAUCGGGGGCGAUCUUAACAUCAAGUGCAUUAUCAACGAGGAGUACUUCCGGACCAACCCGGAUCACUGCCUCGUGAGCGAGCUGUACGUCACCGGCGGAGGCAAACAGUACCGCGAUCCGCAGAACAUACGGAUCCUGAACAACACCACCAUACUGUUCACCGACACCAAUGUCAUUGAGCAGGAGCACGAGUACCUGUGCAUGUGCGGCGACUAUGUGAUCAACAAGGCUAUGGUCUACGUGGGCACCAGCCCGCUCCUGGUGCGCGACUUCAACUGCCUGGACUACGACUUCCAGUUCAUGGUCUGCAACUUCACGCAGCCGCCCAACAAGGUCAUCACCAAGUACAACAUUAGCUACAAUACCAACAACGAUUGGCGCUACAGCAACACCCUCGACUGCAACUUUGACUCGGCCCCGCUGGUCACCUGCAAUCUCACCGAUGACAACUACAAGCGCUUCAGCGAGACCUUCUACUUCCGCCUGCUGAUCAUGAACGCCUUGGGCCAGGAGACGCAGAACAUAACGAUCAAUCACUUUGAGCGCCUGGUGCCGGCGCGACCUGGCCAAAAUCUCACCCUGGUCAACAGAACCGAGAGCUCUGUGUGCCUGUCGUGGGAGAUGCCCCGGCGCUCCAACUACAAUCGCGGCCUCGUCUGGCAGGUGGCCGUCGAUCCGCAGAACUUUGACACCAUCAGCAGGCCCAGCUGGCUAAACAACAGCUCCACGAUCAAGGACAUGCUCUGCCUCACGGAGCUGCCCUUCGCCGGCUACAGCUACACGCUGCGUGUGCGCGUGCGCGCCAACCAGAACAACACCCUGUGGAGCGAGCCACUGAUCUACGCCUUUGCCACCGCCCCGGCACGACCACGUCGUCCUCCGCGGGUCACCUACGGCAGCUUCUACGUCUACUCCUCGGAGGAGGGCAUGCGCAUCUACUGGGAGCCCCUGGAGGCGCACGAACUCAACGGGCCGGACUUUCGAUACGUCAUCAGCGAGUACCGCAUCAAUGGCCACAAAGUGAACUCAAGCCUCAUCAAGGUGGAGUCGAACUCAGCGAUGAUCGACCACUGGAACAUGAGCGCCGUCCACAGCUUCCUCAUCCGCAGCAGCAACAGCGAGGGUGUGUCCGUGAACGCCACCCCGAUGACGAUUGGCCCCAUCAGCAACGUGGAUUUUAAGCAGCGCGAGCCCAAGAACAUCCGCAGCGUGUACCACCCGACCAACAAGAGCUAUACGCUCAGCUGGGAGCCGCCGGAGGACCACGUGGAGCUGAGCAACUACACGGUGUUCUGGUGCGUGCCAAAGCCGGCUUUGCUGUCGGAGUGCGAGGGAUCGAUCCGCUUCGCCGAGGUGCCCCGGGGACAGCACCAGUUCACCACGGCCCGCGACCAAUUGCCCACGCUCCACAUGGCCGUGUCCGCCAACUACAGGUCACACAACCUGGGCCUGCGCUGGACGAUCUGCAGCAGCGACAAGAAGGACGACCUGGCCAAGAUGGAGCCAUCGAUCGACGUGGCCACGAGCACCACCCUGACCGUCAGUUGGGGCACGCAGCGCGUCUGUGCGGUCAUCCUGGCGGGCUACAAUCUGACCUAUUGCCAGCGAUCGACCGGACGGCCGGACAAUUGCACCACGGUGAAGAUCGACCGGUACACCAACAAGCACGUCAUCCAGAACCUGGUGCCAUACACGGACUACAGCGUGAAGAUGCUCAUGUACUCGGAGACGCGGGCCAGCAAGUACAGCGACGAGCUGGUCAACCGCACCGCCGAGGCGGCGCCCAGCCAGCCGCGGGAGUUGCAGCUACUCCGGGUGACCAGCGCCAGUGCGGAGCUCGCCUGGAAGCCGCCGCUCCUGGCCAAUGGAGUGGUGCGCGCUUACGAGGGCUCCUACCGCUCGCUGCGCGACAACAUCACCGAGACAUUCCGCGUGAGUGCGGCCGCCGACGAACUAGUGGACAACGAGAAGCCCAUCAACUUCAGGCUGGGCAAUCUCACGGCUUUCACGCAGUACGAGGUGAGCGUGCAGGCGCGAACGCUAUAUCCGUCGGAGACCAGCAACGUGAUCUUCUUCAGCACGGCCAUCGGAGUUCCCUCGCCGCCAAAGCUGCAGGUGAUCAAUGGCAAGGACCAGAGCUCACGACUCGACUGGGAGCCGCCCAGGAUGCCGGCUGGCCGCAUCGAUUUCUACGAGAUCUCGCAGCGCGACAACAACGCCAGCUGCCUGUGGAGCACCAUCCUGCCGGGCAACAACCGCUCCUUUGUGAUGCCCACGCCGCGCUGCACCAGCCACAAUCCCUUCCAGCUGGCCGUGCGUGCCAUCAACGUGGAACAGCAUCCGCAGCUCGACGGAGCCGACGGGGCGGAGGGUGGUGGUGCGCUGCUGCUCAUGUCGGCCACCGGCCAGGGAUGCGAGCCGAGGACGGACGCACUCGGCGAGGAUGAGCGGGUGCAGUUCGAGGCCUACGCCGCCAACAUGACCGCCUACCGGCUCUACAGAUCCGACUGGGACGUCUACGGGUUCAUCUGCACCCCGGACACGCACAGUGUGAAGGCCAUGUACCAGACCAUCGAGGUGACCGUGGCGAUCCUGGUGCUGGGCGUCAUCUUUUACCUGGUGUACAAGAAGUACCGCAAGAUGUCCGACAUCGAUCUGGUGCUGCCGCAGGGAAUCAUUGAGACGCUGAAGAAGCAGCCGAUGGACAUGGGUGGCCUGGGCCUGGGCAUCGGCCCCGAUUCGUCCGUCAGCGGAGGCAUCGUCUGCACCCGAGUCGAUGAUUCGCCACAGUACACGCCGCAGGAUUUGCCGCACGACUUCAGCAACUUUGGAAGUGAGAGCUCAAAGCUGCUACUCCGCACAGCAUCCUCCUCGGGCGGCGGCGGCUGUACGGAUCGCGAUGGAUACGACGACCACCAGGAGAGGGGAGCCAUCAGCGCCGCUGGGCCGCCCACCAGCUACCUUGCCAUGCGACACGGCCUUCUCGUCCAGAAUGACCAAGAGCGGGAGAGGGAGCGCGAGCAGGCCAGGGAACGGGAGCAGCAACAACAGCGGGAGAGCGACGCGGAGCGGGAGGGCAGGGAGCAGAGGAGCACCAAUGGCUACAUCAAGCCCACCCAGAUGAAGAGCUGGAUAGGCAGCGAUCCCUCAGAGAGUGGGGACGCCUUUUCAGUGCCUGCCAUGACGAUGCCAGCUCCGAUUUCCUUGCCAAUGGCCCAGAUUUCGCUCAACGGCUACGUCCCUGUACCCAUUCCCCAGUCGCGUCUUAUUCCGGCUCCAGUUCAACCCUUUGCGCCGCCAACAGUAGCACCGUCCGCCGCCACCGCCGCCGCUGCGUCUACCUUCUUUCCGCCGGCCCACCUGCUCAACAUGGACAACUACGUGCAGGCCUCGGAUCUGCACAAGCUAAAGCCCCUUGUUGCAGCUCCAUUGCCGCCCGCUGGAGGAGCUGUGUUUGCGGGAUCUCCGCCAGCCGCCUUGCCAAUGCGCCAGCUUCCGCCAGUCCCAUCAGCCGGUCCAGCCACUGCACCCGCGCCCAAGCUGGCCGACAUCGGCUACACCACCAUGGAGCAACUGCAGCGCACUGGGCUGAUAAAGCCUCCGUUGAACGCCGCCACCACCGCCGCCUUGGGAUCACCGACGCAUGCCGCUGGUGGAGCGUCCACCGGCCCCAAUCCGCACUCGCGCCUCCAGCCGCAAAUCACUGGCUACGUGACGCCCCAGGAUCUGAACGCCCUGGCCCACAACAGGCACGUGCUCUAAGAUGCCGGAGCGGCCAUCAUCAUUGCAUGACAAGUGCACUCACCCAUCAUGACGUGCGACAUUUUAUCAAACCCUCGCGUUCACGUUCGCCUCCAUCAUUCAACCCAUCUCCAAGCGCAUCUCCUUCCAAGGCCAUGUCAUCGGAUCAUCGCCGGAACUCGGAACACGGAACCCGGAACCUGGAUCCUGGAACCCAAUUGAACCACUGUCGGGCAGCUGUUUAUAGUAAUUAGUGAAAAACUCCUCGGACGAAUGCAGUUCUUUCGUUUGUAAUUUAUUUUGUAUUCUUUGCGAUGCGUGUGAGAGGCAGAAAGUAUUUGUAACGCUAUAGUAUUUUUUUUAUAUAUAUUCGUACUGUACACUUACCCACUUAACCGCCAUCAACAUAAAGCUAAUUUUAAAUGAGUUUUUAAA